UCCCAGAACGUACACAUGAAGACAUUUUAUAUCCCCAGAACGGGCGCAUUAUUACAGUGCAGACGACGCUACUGACAACAACUUAAAAAUAAAAUCACACAAAGGAAAUAAUGUCAAAUGUCUAUCAGAUUUGAUUUUGAUAUCAUACAAUAAUGGUUCAGUUCAAGUUCCUAUUAUUACUAGAAUAGAAUUUUGUGAUUAUCGUUAAAAGUGAUCUGUUAUUUACGUUGUUAAGUAAUCAACUAACAUUAUUCUCUCAGUGUUGAGUUGCAAAACUGUUAAACAUUACUCGUAGGCCUACCACAUUUUUAUUUUAUUUAUAAAAAUGGAAAUAAAAGUGAACACCGGAAAUCAAGAACUAGAUGGUAAAAUUAAGGAAUGGAUGUAUUGGAAUCGCAACGAAAAAUUCAGAAGUGAAGCUACGUUCUUAAUAAAAGAAGGUAAUGUGAAAAUUCUUGAAAAACUAUUUUUAAAGCGACUAAGCUUUGGUACUGCAGGUAUCAGAGGUAGAAUGGGACCUGGUUAUGCUCAAAUGAAUGAUUUAGUUAUUAUCCAAACCUCUCAAGGUCUUCUAAAAUGGAUUCAGGGGAAAACAGCUAUUGGCUCUCAACCCAAAGUGAUAAUUGGCUAUGAUGGUCGACACAAUAGCUAUAGGUUUGCACAGUUGGUUUCUAAUGUAUUUCUUAAUGGUGGUUGCAAGGUGUGGUUGUUUUCAAAAAUCGUCCCAACACCGUUCGUUUCUUUUGGUACUGCUCUUCUUGGUGAUCUUGGAAUCAUGAUCACUGCCUCGCACAACCCAAAAGAGGACAAUGGAUACAAAGUUUAUUGGAAGCAUGGAGUUCAAAUAAAUAGUCCAUUUGAUAAGGAGAUUGAAAAAUGCAUUCAAGAAUGUCUUCUACCGUUGGAUACGUCCUGGGAUUUAUCAAGUACUGAAAGUUACAACGAAAGUCUUCUCGAUCCUUUGAAUGAAGUUACAGUAGCCUAUCAUUCAAAACUGUGGGAGGGACCAUUUGAUCCAGACAGUAGUAUUGAAAUAACAUAUACAGCUAUGCAUGGUGUAGGAUACCCUUACAUUGUAGAAGCAUUUGAACAUGCCAAACUAAAGCCAGUCAUACCAGUAGAAGAGCAAAUUCUUCCAGACCCUGAAUUCCCUACUGUCAAGUUUCCAAACCCAGAGGAAGGUAAGAGCUGCCUUAAUCUAUCUAUCGAAACUGCUAAUAGACAUGGAAGUAGCAUUAUUCUAGCUAAUGACCCAGAUGCAGAUAGACUUGCUGUUGCUGAAAAAAGUGUUGAUGGUCAUUGGAAAAUAUUUAAUGGCAAUGAAAUAGGUGCCCUUCUCGGUUGGUGGUGCUUCAUGGUUGAAAAACUACGACUCGAAAGAGAUUUUGACCCAACCAAAUUGUAUUUCCUAAGUAGUGCUGUAUCUUCCAAAAUUUUGAAGACAAUGUCCCAGGCUGAAGGGUUCAAUUUUGAAGAAACAUUAACUGGAUUCAAAUGGCUAGGCAAGCGUUCCUUAGAGUUGUCUAUGGAAAAUGAAGGAAAUACAGUUCUGUUUGCUUUUGAAGAGGCGAUUGGAUUCAUGUGCGGUAAUGUGGUUCUAGACAAGGAUGGAAUAUCAGCCGCGGUCUGUGUCGCAAAGUUAGCAACAUGGCUCAAUAAACAAGGCUUGACUCUCCAAGAUCAACUGAAUAUUAUUUAUGACACCUAUGGUAAACAUUUAACCAACAACUCAUACCUGAUUUGUGAAGAUCCUGCUGUAUAUAAAACCAUUUUUCACAGGCUAAACCAUUUCACCGGCUCCCCUAAAACUUAUCCAGAGUCUAUUCUUAAUGGAAAAUAUACAGUAAAAAAUGUACGCGACCUUGUUCUAGGGUACGACACAACAAGAGAACAACAUGAUUAUAAGCCCAACCUGCCAAUAUCUUCAAGCAGUCCAAUGAUUACAUUCACAUUUACCAAUGGUUUGGUAGCUACUCUACGAGCUAGUGGAACAGAACCCAAACUCAAGUAUUACACUGAACUAUGUGCUCAUCCUGAUGAAAAGGAUGUGGCUGCUCUGCUGAAUACUCAGACCGAAAUGAUAGAGGCCAUCAUCAAUGAAUUUCUCCAGCCAGAGCAAAAUGGUCUGAAAUAUAGAAACUGCUAGACUACUAUUAUGUAAACCAUGCACUAGGUCAUAGUAGAAUAGCUUAGACGUCCGAGUGAAUAGUUGAAUCAACACAAAUAGAUCAAACACCUAAAAAUACAAUUAUUAAGAACAGUUUGUAUAAUAUAGAACAACACAACAAUCUAUGACAAUUAUAACUAUCGAGCAUCUUUGAAACGCUUUUAAACAGUGCUAGUGUCAGAAGUCAGGAAACACUAGGUACACUACAGUAAUUUGACUUAUCAGUCUACUGCAAAAUCUAAUAUAGAUUAACAUCAUGAGAAGUAAAUUUCAUACCAGUCCUUUUUCCUACCGUACUACUAAAAAACUACUUGCAUUGAAUGUUCAUAGCAUGAACUCUCGCUAUGUUUUUAGUCCUGUCUUUUAUCACCACUUGGUUGUAAAAUAGUUUACAAAACUAAGUAGUAUGACUUGAUAAAGCAAAGUGUGUAAGAGUAAGCCUCAUUCAACUUUUGCUGAUAAACUAGACUAUCUCCCAGCAUGGUGUAGAAACGGCAUAUAGUGCCUUAAUAUUAAUAUAAGCUAAUUAAAAAUACCCACAGCUAUGUUAUCAUGUAGACCAGUCACCAAAUAGCUUUAAAUUCACUAAGGAUGUGAUGAGCAAAAUCCAAUAAUCGAGUGUGAUUGUGAGAAUGCUAGUACAGACAGACGAAUUCCAGUUUUCAAAUUGUACACCAAACCACUUCUAUGCAGACUAUCUAGUGUUUGUACUGUUUCUCUAUAAUAAUUGUGCCGUUGGACGGACACGAAUAAGUCUUAAGCAUUGUUGUUCCUAUCCUACUAAUUGUUAGGUUUAAUUUAUUUAUCACCCAAUACCUAAAUUUGUUUUUAUUUUGUAAAGGGUUGUGUGGCAGAGAGGACCUGGAGUCCUAUCUCCGCCCUAAUAAAUACAAAUAAUCAAUCAAUCAAUAUUAUAAUUUGUGCUACAUUAGUAUACUUGAUGGCAUAUAUUUUCUUGCUAAUAUGAUAUCAAGAUAAUUCAAGGUUCUUUUCCUAGCUAGGUAUAGUGUUAUUGACCUAACUUAUCCCAUAUCCAAGCACAAAACUUAGUUCUAGCACAAACUAGAAUUUAUAUGUUUGUAAAUACAAAUUAUAUAUGUGUCUAAUAUAUUAUUCUAAUUUGACUUAGAUUCUUUCAAUUUACGAGAUCAAUUUUAUAUCAGAGUUCAUACAGAUUAAGAUUCCUCAUAGCAAUUUUCCCCAUCUACCCUUGUUACCGUAAUUAUAGGAACUCCUGCUUUAUAAUUUCAGGACUGUAGGCUCUACCAUUUUACUUUUUCACAAACCUGAAAAUAUAUAUUUAGCAUUAGUUGUAUUGCUUAUUAUCUGAAUUUGCUUAAUCAAUUCUGAUCUCUUGAAAAUUUUGCUAGUUAUUAGGUAAAGUACCGUAACUUAUUCCCAAUUACUUGCCGAACAAUGUUUCAUAUUUUAUUCUCUAUUGUGAAGGUGGAAAAGAAGUUGUUUUUAAAUUUGUAUUUCAUUAUUACAUUAUUUCUGUAUUUAUUAUAUCAGGAAAUAUUUAUUAGGUAUAUUAUACUCUGUUGUAUCAAUUCACACCAAAUAUUCAUGACUUCUUCACCAUGCUUAACUUAAUGGACUUUUAUUGUCCAUUGUAUUUCUAUUUGAAUACAACAUUAUAGAUUAAUAAAUAAUCAAUAAUUAUGAUGAUGAUUAUUAUCUAAACAACCUGCAGAUGUUUCUGGUGUAUCAAUGAGUGAAAGUUGAGUUAUAGAUUUUUACUGAUCACAAAUUACCAGCUAGGCCUAACCAAACCACUGUAUUUCUCUUACUGAAAGAAAUAAUUUUUUAAGCUCUUACAUAUUUGAAUUUCAUUUUUUUUUCAAAAAUAAUCUAACAUAACUUUUACAAUACAAUACCAUAGCCUAAUGUAAAACUUUUUCUGUCAGAUUUUAUUUUUGAAAUUCUUGUUAUGUGCAGAGAAUAUCAGUAUUUUCAAUGUUGUGUAUAUUAUUUAUUUAAAUACCUUAUUGAAAUUUAACUCUGUAAUUCGAAGCCUAUACUGUAUUUGAAAUAAAUAUUGUUCCUGUUUAUAGUAAGUGCCUCAGGUUAAAAAAUUAAGAUAGGUCUAGUGUUAUAAAAUUUAAAAAAUGUGCUCUUAGAAUAACUGUAACUGAAACCCAAGAAACUAUGUGAACUUGAACUUUAUUUAUUGAUAUACUAUUAAUAAAUUUGCUACACAUAUCUAGAACGUUUAUGUAUAUAAUAUUUGUAAUACAUUACAGUAAAAGGAAUUAGACCUUUGAAGUAAUGUCAAGUUUUCGUGCUAUCAGUAGUUACGUAAUGAUAAUGAUUAGAGAGAACUAAAGUAGGAUGCGAAUAUUUAUCUAGUACUGUAACUAAACAAAAAGUAGUUGAUAAAUAGUUUACGUCAAUGUACUGAUAAUAUAUUAUGUCUGCCUCUUAUUUUAUAACAAUAAAACUUAUUGAAUGAU